UGUCAACAUUCCACCAAGUCUAUCAGAGGGCAAGGUAAAGCUUUUAUCAUAUUGCCUCUUAGAUCUCCAAGUCUCUAGGGCAGAGAGAUAAACGUUUUACCCUCCCAAGGUCAGGACUACUGCUGGUUUUCUGUUCGACCUGAUAAUUAAUUGCACCCACAUGGUGUACCAUGUCUAAAUCAGUCCCUGAUUAGAGGGAAAUAAUUUUAAAAAGCAGGGUCUAGGGUACUCAAACUAAGCUUUGGACCUUCAAAGCCAGUUCCACUGAAUUGUCUUCAUGUUCCCCUCUAAUCAGGGACUGAUUUUGACUUGGGACACCAGGUGUGUGUAAUAAAUUAAGUACCAGCAGCCUCCAUAUUUUCAAUGACUGCCUAGGAACGGGGAGGUUAACUGCCUCGUUCAGGGGCAGAAAGACAGAUUUCCACCUUGUCAGCUCGGGGGAUUCAAUCUUGCAACCUUACAGUUAACUAGUCCAACGCAAUAACGACCUGUCUCUCUCUCUCGUUGCACUCCACAAGGAGCCUGUUACGCAAAUGCAGUAAGCCAAGUGCUCUUCCAGUGCCUGCUCCGUGUCCAGAUCCUUCCGGUGCUGCCCUGACGGGGUGGUAUUGAAUGGCUGAAAGAGAAGACUUUCUUCAGCUCUGUGAAGAAAAUGGCUGACGCCACAGAGUCCAAGAGCUAAGACUCUAUUUUACCCUUGUCUACUUUGUUUAUUAUCUUGAGAUUUGAAUACCCCUUCCUUAAAUGUAUACGCCUACUAUGGCAAUGCAUGAUAUGAGCCGUGUCAAGGGUUUCCCCUGUAAAGAGUGUGAUAUGGUUUGCCCCAGUACCCCUAGUCUAUUAGAACACAUGAAGGCUCACUACCAGCAAGAAGAAAAUGGCAGGUUUGAGUGCGAGCAAUGUGGCCGGAUCUAUAAGCAUGCUGGCAGCCUGGCCAACCAUAAGAAAUCCCAUGAAGUGGGUUCCUUUCAGUGCCCAGUCUGCACCAGAACCCUGCCCAAUGCUGUGGCUCUGAAGAACCACCUCCGCAUCCACACCCUAUCCCCAAGCAGUGCCCAGGCAGAGGAAGACGGCGGUGACGAAGGCGCUGAAGACGGACAUGAUGAGAGGAACUAUGGUCUUGCACAGGACCUGUCUGAUGGCUUUGCCCGCAGUCACCUGAACAACAGUGGAAUGGGUCAUGGUGUGAUGUCACAUGACCCAGAUGAUCAUAAGAAGUCACCUGUAACCGAUGAUGCCUGGGAUCGUCCAUUCAAAUGCGAUCAGUGUGAUAGGACCUACCGCCACCAUGGGAGCCUGGUUAAUCACAAGAAAUGUCAUCAGGAAGGGGCGUUCAAGUGCACCGUCUGUUACAAGCAGUUCAACAACCUGGCUGCUCUCAAUGGUCAUGAGCGAACCCACUCAAAGUUUAAGACUCCUGGAGCAUCGAUGGUUAACAACAUACAUGACUCUGUGACUGAUCAGCGUUCGUCUGCUCCCCAAACCGAUGAUGCAGCUAACUGCUUCUGCCACCUGUGCCAGGUAGCUUUGCCCAACAAGAGUGACUUCCAGGAGCACAUCCUGUUGCAUAAUGCAGCCUCCUCUUCACUGGGUCUUUCCCGUAGUUUCCCUGGGAUAAUGGCGCACAAUCUCAGCACUGUCCGCUCCCCAGCAUACACACCUGCCCUGGGUGACCCUCUGCCGCUUCCUCCUUUGCCAAAUGAUAAACGUGGCCCCUUUGACCCAAUGCUUGGACCUCCUGUUAAUAAUCCCAUUUACACUUGUGCAUACUGUGGGGCUGGGCAUCCUGAUCUGGAGAGCCUCAAAGUUCAUUACCUGACCCAUGACCCCCACCCAGGCUCCCAUGGUCAGGAUGGUAUCCUGAACACUGAUGGGAUUGGCUCUAACUCUAACCCAUCACCAUCUGGAGAGAGAGUGCAAUCUUCUUCUGAUGAUGGCGAACGUCGUUUCAAGUGUCAGGAUUGUGGGAAAAGCUACCGCCAUGCUGGAAGCCUGGUCAACCACAAGCGCUCCCACCAGACUGGCCUCUACCAGUGUACCAUCUGCUGCAAGCAGUAUCCGCAUUUGGCAGCCUUGCAUAGCCACCUCCGCAGCCAUAAGGGAAGAACAUCCAACCAAUCAUCCCUCAACACUGAAGGCGACUGGCUCUCCUCUGAACCCCUGACACUUGACUCUCAGAAUAGUUAUGUGCAAGAGGGGAGCGGCGCAACCACCCCUAUCUCCCUCCCUGGAAAUCUUGGUGACGCUGCUCACUUUGUACCUGAUGGUGGACACAGCAGUGGUUUGGAUUCACUGGAGUUCCAUGAUCGAUUUGAUGGCUCCCUUGCCCAGAGCAACUCUGGGCACUCCCCUCUUCCCCAGAACCACCGCCAGGCUGAUAGACACAUGUGCACUGACUGUGGAGAAAUGUAUGGAGACAUCUCUGGCAUCAAGUCUCACAUGUGCCCCCAACGGCGACAGAACCAGGGGAUGUCCAAUGGAUUCAUGGGGAACAUGAGUGGCUACAACAGUCCUGGAGGCGCUGCGCUCCCUUCAGGUGGAGGAAAUGUGAAAGAGAGCAAUGGACAGCGAUCUCAGUAUGGUUCUCAGUCCCAUGCCCAAGGAGGGGGGAAAAGGAUGAAUAAAGAAGAUGAAGAUGAUGGUGAAGUGUACCAGUGCUCGGUGUGUGGAAACCAUUAUGCCAGCCUCAGAGCUCUGAGGAGCCAUCUGCGCAGCCAUGCUAACAAUCCCACAGGGCCUGGGACUUCGGCACUUUCUCCUAACGGUGAGGCAGACUGGAGGAUUAUCUGCAGCACCUGUGGCCAGAGCUUCUCCAGAAAGCAAGACCUGUUAAACCACCAACUGAUUCAUGGGCCACAAAGGUCAGAUGCAGCAGCGCAGAGCAUGGGGGCCGAUCCCGCCAAUACUAAUGGCAAAAUGGAUGGUGAUGGGAGGAAUCACAUUUGCGUUGACUGUGGCAUGUUCUUUGCUGAUCGCCAUCACCUGAUUACUCACCUGUGUCCUGGAAAGGGAAGAGGAGGAGUGCUGAGCAAAGAAGGAUUGAAUGGCGCUAAAGGGAUGACUGGCGGAGACGGAGUUGGUGGCGGCGGAGUUGGAGGACCUGGGGGCAGUCGUGAUAUGGGAGGACAGGACCGUAGACAACAGAUGCCAGAUUCGGAGGAUCGACCCCACAAAUGUGACCAGUGUGGAAGGGGCUACAGGCACCCUUGCUCCCUGCUCAACCACAAGAAAUCUCACAAGACCGGAGUCUUCAGAUGCCUUGUCUGCCAGAAGCGCUACUACAACCUGCUGGCCCUCAAGAACCACCAGAGGACCCACUUUGAUUUAAAAAGCAAGGCUGCCGCUGGCACAGGGAGAAGCGGUCCCCAAGUGGCACCCGAUUCCGAAACGAUGGCUUUACUUGAAUGGCACAAGUGUGAGGAGUGUGGGAAGGCCUUCAAGAUCCAGAAGCAGCUGGAAAACCACCUUCGGCUCCAUGAAGAACACAGAGCAAAGGCUCACGCCCAGCUCGCAAAACUAGGCAAUGGAAGGUAUCAAGGAGGACCCUCUGGCAUGCAGGCCAUGAGAGGAGAAUCGUCCAAAUCCCAGAACCCUGGCAUGGGGGAAGUCAAGUAUGGACAACAACAACAAGGCUUCAAGCAACCCUACUCAGAGGCUGGCACGUCAAGGGCUCAGAAUUUUGAUCUACAAGAAGGGGGACGACGACCCUUCGCCUGUGAUGAGUGUGGACGGAGCUAUCGUCAUGCAGGUAGCUUGGCCAAUCACAAGAAUCUUCACAAAAUUGGCGAGUAUCACUGCAAUGUCUGCAACUCCACUUACCCGAACCGCCUGGCCAUGAAAAACCAUCUGCGUCUUCAUUUUGCCCUCAAGAAGCACACUUGCCAGGAGUGCGGCAAAGGAUUCCGUACCCAAAAGCAGCUUACCACCCACCACUCUGCACAGCUCUGCAAGGGGGCUGCAGGUGCUGUUGCUCAAAUGGAUUACGAGUGUGAUGGGUGCUGUGAGGGUUUCGCUACUGCAGACCAGCUGGCUGCACAUGACUGCCCUGCUCAGCAGCUCCCUUCAUCCUCUGCCUCCCUCAACAGCUCAAGCCUCAGCAUCGAUGGGGCUGACCUUGUGCCAGAUGAACGCCCCUACAGCUGUGACAUCUGCAACUGCUCUUACAAACAUGCCAGCAGCUUGCUGAACCACAAGCACACACACAAGACGGGCACCUUUACUUGCACCUACUGCGACAAGCCGUACUCCAACUACAUGGCCCUGCGCAACCACAUGCGCAUUCACACGCAGAAGAAGAGGCACAUCUGCCACCACUGUGGGAAAGCAUUCCGGCUAGCCAGAUUCCUCCGCAAUCACCAGAAGGUCCAUGAGGAGGGCCACACACGCUUUGGCUGCACCAGCUGUGGGAAGAGCUUCCAGGGGAGGUCAGGCCUGGCGAGGCACCGCUGUGGGGAGAACCAGGUAGGCAAGGAGGGCAGGAGGAUGGCCACUGCAAGCACGACAGGGGGAGAAGAGUGCCGGUACACAUGUGACCAGUGUGGCCGCUCCUACGCCCAUGCCAGCUCCCUCCUCAACCACAAAAACACCCACACCGUCGGCAUUUACCACUGUGCUGUGUGCCUCAAGACCUAUUCCAACCUCCUGGCCCUCAAGAACCACCGGCGCAUCCAUUCAGAGAUUCGGCGUCACCGCUGCCCAGAAUGCGGCAAGGCUUUCCGUGUUUCCUCCCAGCUCAACAGCCACCGUCGCGUCCACCUAAAGGAGAGGGAGCUAACUUGUGGCCCCUGCCAACGCAGCUUCCCCAGCCAGGCCAGCUUCCGGCUCCACCAGGAGAUCUCCCACGGCCAAGCCCCCAGGCCCCCCCAGCAGAAACAGGCCAGGGCUGGGGGAGCCUCUGGGGGCACAUCCGGGGGCGGGAGCUCAGGCCUUAACUGGGACUCCGGCCUGGAUCUCACGCUGUUGCAGGCCCAAGGACUGGUCCCCAAUGGACUACCCAAAAUUAACUCCCUGUCCUUCCAAGGCCCCAGUGGCAGCAGGAGCCGUGGGGCGACGGGGACCAAGUCGCACGUCUGCAACCAGUGCGGCCGCGGCUACCUCCACGCCAGCUCCCUCCUCAACCACAAAAACAGUCACAAAACAGGCGCCUACUUCUGUAACUCCUGUCAGAAGGAGUUUCCCAACCUGAUGUCCCUCAAGAACCACCGGCGUAUUCACACUGAGCCCAAACGUUUCCAGUGCCCCGACUGCGGAAAGUCCUUCCGUGUGUCCACCCAGCUCAUCUGCCACAGGCGCAUCCACACCAAGGAAAAGCCCUUUUCCUGCCAGCAAUGCGACAAGCGCUUCUCCAGCAAGUCCAACCUGCGCCACCAUCAGAAGGUGCACUGGAGCAGCUCAGCGCCCCCCACCAUGGCCAUGGGCGCUGCCAGCUUCUUGGGUCAUCCACCAAUUGGCGCAGGGAGACCACCCUUGUCGCAUGUCUGUGACCAGUGCGGCCGUGGUUACCGCCAUGCCGGAUCCCUCCAGAACCACAAGAACGUCCACAAGACAGGUGCCUAUUUCUGCAGCUCUUGUCAGAAGGAGUUCUCCAACCUGAUGGCUCUCAAGACCCAUCGGCGCAUCCACACUGAGGUCAAACGCCACCGGUGCUCAGAUUGUGGAAAGGCCUUUCGUGCUCCUAGCCAACUCAUCGUCCACCAGCGCAUUCACACCCAGGAGAAGCCCUUCUCCUGCCAGCAAUGCGCCAAACGCUUCUCCAGCAAGUCCAACCUACGCCACCACAUGAAGUUGCACUGGAGCGGCUCAGCUCCUUCCAGUUUCCUGGGUAAACCGGUAAUUGGUGUGUGGGCCAAAUCGCACGUCUGUGACCAGUGUGGCCGUGCUUACCGUCACGCUAGCUCCCUCCUCAACCACAAGACCAUCCACAAGACAGGCGUUUAUUUCUGCACCUCCUGUCAAAAGGAGUUUCACAAUCUGAACGCCCUCAAGAACCACCGGCGCAUCCAUACGGAGACCAAGCGCUACGAGUGCCCGGAGUGCGGAAAGUCCUUCCGUGUGUCCACCCAGCUCAUAAUCCACCGGCGCAUCCACACCAAGGAGAAACCCUUCUCCUGCCAGCAGUGCGACAAGCGCUUCUCCAGCAAUUCCAACCUGCGUCACCACAUGAAGUUGCAUUGGGGCAGCUCAGCGCGACCUGUGCGCACCAAUGUGUCUGUCUGUGGCUGCUACCAGUGCCACCCUCUUGGCUCUGCGUCAGACCCAUAUCUAUACAAAGUAUGGGUGGGGGUGGGGAAAGGGGAAGCAUUGAAAUGCCAAGGUUCUGGAGGUGCCAAAACUAUUCUUCACCCUCCUUCUCAUUCACCCCCCCUUUGUUAUAGACUGUGA